AUGAAGUGGUCGUGCGCGCUUCAAGCGCUUGCAGGGUUCCUCGCCCUGCUGGCUGCAAGCUUACAAGGCUGCGGCUGCGAUGCGACGAAGGCCACGGAAUGCAUCUCCACCUGGGAACAGUUUGUACUGGACAACCGAAAUGAUAUCUUGGACGGGGCAGUGACGCGACCGUGCGCAGCAUUGAAGGACAUGGUCAAUUGCAUCAUGGACCUCCAGUGUUGCGAAGAUUAUGAGAUCAGCCAAAGCAUGAACAACGGCAUCAACGCCAUCGCGUCCAACGGUGGGUGCACAGGUGACAAUGCAUUGCCAAACUGUAACUUCUGA